AUGAAUGCCUCAGCAACGAUCCGUGCUUCGUACAUCCGCCAGGCGCGGAUGAGCAUGACCCCUCGCCCACAUAGCAUAUCGGAGACGUUAUCAAUCGAUCUUCAACCACGCCCCGCUUCAACCGAGAAGCUCCAAUCCUUCGUCCAUGUCGACCACAUUGAACACCGCGAAAAAUGCCACUCCGAGCGUACCUCACAGCCGACCUUUUUCGAUGUCGAACGCAACGCCGAUAACAGCCAAGCAUACAUCGACGACCGCUAUCUCGACACCACUUCGGUCAUGGAAUGGGACAAUAGCAGUUCCUUUAAAGUGCGGCUAAAAUCCAUGUUCACCGUCUUUCCUUACCGCGACCCCAUCUACCUCGUAGCUAUCAUCUUCCUCAUUGGAUCUAUCGACCUCGUCAUCAACGCCACCUUCGAUCUACUACCUCGCAUCAAUCCCUCCACCGAGUUCGAAACCGAAGAGACUGUCGCCGUUCCUAGUACGAUAUUGAUUGGAUCAAUCUUCUUCUUCGUCGCAGGCAUCUUCGACACCUUCAGUGCUUUGAAUGCGGACCGUGGUACACUUGAAACGUCAAAGUUGGAGCCUGAGAAAGUCAGAUACCGGCCAGCGCUCCUUGGCACACCGGAGUUCAAGUGGAUACCGUCAUGGGAGAAGGUUUGGGAGUUGUCGGCCACCAACUUGGCCUUCCAGGCUGGUCUCAUCGUUCUCUUUGGGGGCAUCAUCUUUAUGUUCGCUGGCAUCGUCGACUUUCCCGGCAUUGUUCCGGAAGAAGACCCUCUCUUUGAAUACAUCGUUUUCGGGCCCCAGGUUGUACACGGCGCGCUGUUCCUAGUCGCGAACGCUAUGUUGGCGUUCUCCGAACAAGAGCGCUGGUACAAGCCCAGGUUCUUUCAUUCGGAUUGGCAGAGUGCCAUUCUCAAUGCGCUUGGUGGGCUCGGCUUCAUGAUGGCUGGUUUCUUUCUCUUCCAGGACGGUGAGAACGAGGAACAGGGAAAAGUGCAUGCAGCUAUCGCGGCAAUGGCGGGGAGUUGGGCUUUCUUGGUUGGUAGCGUGAUUAGAUGGUACGUUGUUUUGGAGUUCUGGUAG